UUUUUUUUUUUUUUGAGAAAAGGGGAAUUUCGUCCCAAAUAAAAGGAAUGAAGUCUGGCUCCGGAGGAGGGUCCCCGACCUCGCUGUGGGGGCUCCUGUUCCUCUCCGCCGCGCUCUCGCUCUGGCCGACGAGUGGAGAAAUCUGUGGCCCGGGCAUUGACAUACGCAACGACUAUCAGCAGCUGAAGCGCCUAGAGAACUGCACGGUGAUAGAGGGCUACCUCCACAUCCUGCUCAUCUCCAAGGCUGAGGACUACCGCAGCUACCGUUUCCCCAAGCUCACAGUCAUCACUGAAUACUUGCUGCUGUUCCGAGUGGCUGGCCUAGAGAGCCUCGGAGACCUCUUCCCGAACCUCACAGUCAUCCGCGGCUGGAAACUUUUUUACAACUACGCCCUGGUCAUCUUUGAGAUGACUAAUCUCAAGGAUAUUGGGCUUUAUAACCUGAGGAACAUUACUAGGGGUGCCAUCAGGAUUGAAAAAAAUGCUGAUCUCUGUUACCUCUCUACAGUGGACUGGUCUUUGAUCCUAGAUGCAGUGUCUAAUAAUUAUAUUGUGGGGAACAAGCCCCCAAAGGAAUGUGGGGACCUGUGUCCAGGGACCUUGGAGGAGAAGCCAUUGUGUGAGAAGACCACCAUCAAUAAUGAGUACAACUACCGCUGUUGGACCACAAAUCGCUGCCAGAAAAUGUGCCCGAGCGUGUGCGGAAAGCGAGCUUGCACCGAGAACAAUGAAUGCUGCCACCAGGAAUGCCUGGGCAGCUGCCACGCACCCGACAAUGACACAGCCUGUGUCGCCUGCCGGCACUACUUCUAUGAGGGCGUGUGUGUGCCUGCCUGCCCGCCCGACACCUACAGGUUCGAGGGAUGGCGCUGCGUGAAGCGCGACUUCUGUGCCAACAUCCUCAGCGCUGAGAGCAGUGACUCUGAGGGCUUUGUCAUCCAUGACGGCGAGUGCAUGCAGGAGUGCCCCUCAGGCUUCAUCCGCAACGGCACCCAGAGCAUGUACUGCAUCCCUUGUGAAGGUCCUUGCCCCAAAGUCUGUGAAGAAGAGAAGAAAACAAAGACUAUUGAUUCUGUUACUUCUGCUCAGAUGCUCCAAGGAUGUACCAUCUUCAAGGGCAAUUUGCUCAUUAAUAUCCGACGAGGCAAUAACAUUGCCUCAGAACUGGAGAACUUCAUGGGGCUCAUCGAGGUGGUGACCGGCUAUGUGAAGAUCCGCCAUUCUCAUGCCUUGGUCUCCUUGUCCUUUCUUAAGAACCUUCGUCAGAUCUUAGGGGAGGAGCAACUGGAAGGGAACUAUUCCUUCUAUGUCUUGGAUAACCAGAACUUGCAGCAGCUAUGGGACUGGGACCACCGCAACCUGACCAUCAAAUCUGGGAAAAUGUACUUCGCUUUCAAUCCCAAACUGUGUGUUUCUGAAAUUUACCGCAUGGAGGAAGUAACAGGGACAAAAGGGCGCCAAAGCAAAGGAGACAUAAACACCAGAAACAAUGGAGAAAGAGCCUCCUGUGAAAGUGAUGUCCUACAUUUCACAUCCACUACCACGUGGAAGAACCGCAUUAUCAUAACCUGGCACCGGUACCGGCCCCCGGACUACAGGGAUCUCAUCAGCUUCACUGUUUACUACAAGGAGGCACCCUUUAAAAAUGUCACAGAAUAUGAUGGGCAGGAUGCCUGUGGCUCCAAUAGCUGGAACAUGGUGGACGUGGACCUUCCUCCCAACAAAGAUGUGGAACCUGGCAUUUUACUGCAUGGGCUGAAGCCCUGGACUCAAUACGCAGUCUAUGUCAAGGCCGUGACCCUCACCAUGGUGGAGAAUGACCACAUUCGUGGGGCCAAGAGUGAAAUCUUGUACAUUCGUACCAAUGCUUCAGUUCCUUCCAUUCCCCUGGAUGUCCUUUCAGCAUCGAACUCCUCUUCUCAGCUGAUUGUGAAAUGGAACCCCCCAUCUCUGCCCAACGGUAACCUGAGUUACUACAUUGUGAGAUGGCAGCGACAGCCUCAGGACGGCUACCUGUACCGGCAUAAUUACUGUUCCAAAGACAAAAUCCCCAUCAGGAAGUAUGCUGAUGGCACCAUUGAUGUCGAAGAGGUAACAGAGAAUCCUAAGACUGAAGUGUGUGGUGGUGAGAAAGGGCCUUGCUGCGCUUGCCCUAAAACUGAAGCUGAGAAGCAAGCUGAGAAGGAGGAGGCUGAAUACCGCAAAGUCUUUGAGAAUUUCCUGCAUAACUCCAUCUUUGUGCCCAGACCUGAAAGGAAGCGGAGAGAUGUCAUGCAAGUGGCCAACACCACCAUGUCCAGCCGAAGCAGGAACACCACAGUGAUGGACACCUACAAUAUGACAGAUCCAGAAGAACUUGAGACAGAGUACCCUUUCUUUGAGAGCAGAGUGGAUAACAAGGAGAGAACUGUCAUCUCUAACCUCCGGCCUUUUACUUUGUACCGCAUUGAUAUUCACAGCUGUAAUCAUGAGGCUGAGAAGCUGGGCUGUAGUGCCUCUAACUUUGUCUUUGCCAGAACCAUGCCUGCAGAAGGAGCAGAUGACAUUCCUGGCCCAGUUACCUGGGAGGCAAGGCCUGAGAACUCCAUCUUUUUAAAGUGGGCAGAACCUGAGAACCCCAAUGGAUUGAUUCUAAUGUAUGAAAUAAAAUACGGAUCACAAAUUGAGGAUCAGCGAGAAUGUGUGUCCAGACAAGAUUACAGAAAAUAUGGAGGGGCCAAGCUCAACCGGCUAAACCCAGGGAAUUAUACUGCCCGGAUUCAGGCUACCUCUCUCUCUGGGAAUGGGUCAUGGACAGAUCCUGUGUUCUUCUAUGUCCCAGCCAAAACAACGUAUGAGAAUUUCAUCCAUCUGAUCAUCGCUCUGCCGGUCGCCAUCCUGUUGAUCGUGGGAGGGCUGGUGAUAAUGCUGUAUGUCUUCCAUAGAAAGAGGAAUAACAGCAGGCUGGGGAAUGGAGUGCUAUAUGCCUCUGUAAACCCAGAGUACUUCAGCGCAGCCGAUGUGUACAUUCCUGACGAGUGGGAGGUCGCUCGAGAGAAAAUUACCAUGAGCCGGGAGCUGGGGCAGGGGUCCUUCGGGAUGGUCUAUGAAGGAGUUGCCAAGGGUGUGGUUAAAGAUGAACCUGAAACCAGGGUGGCCAUCAAGACAGUGAACGAGGCUGCCAGCAUGCGUGAAAGGAUUGAGUUUCUGAACGAGGCUUCAGUGAUGAAGGAGUUCAAUUGUCACCAUGUGGUGCGGUUGCUGGGCGUGGUGUCCCAGGGCCAGCCAACGCUGGUCAUCAUGGAACUGAUGACACGGGGGGAUCUCAAAAGUUAUCUCAGAUCUCUGAGGCCAGAAAUAGAGAAUAACCCAGUCCUUGCACCUCCAAGCCUAAGCAAGAUGAUCCAGAUGGCUGGAGAGAUUGCAGAUGGUAUGGCAUAUCUCAAUGCUAACAAGUUUGUCCACAGAGACCUUGCUGCCCGAAAUUGCAUGGUGGCCGAAGAUUUCACAGUCAAAAUUGGAGAUUUUGGUAUGACAAGAGAUAUCUAUGAGACAGACUAUUACCGGAAAGGAGGGAAAGGGUUGCUGCCUGUGCGUUGGAUGUCUCCUGAGUCCCUCAAGGAUGGAGUCUUCACCACUCAUUCAGACGUCUGGUCCUUCGGGGUUGUCCUCUGGGAGAUUGCCACACUGGCCGAGCAGCCGUACCAGGGCUUGUCCAACGAGCAAGUCCUUCGCUUCGUCAUGGAGGGUGGCCUUCUAGACAAGCCGGACAACUGCCCCGACAUGCUGUUUGAGUUGAUGCGCAUGUGCUGGCAGUACAACCCCAAGAUGAGACCUUCCUUCCUGGAAAUCAUCAGCAGCAUCAAAGACGAGAUGGAACCUGGUUUUCGGGAGGUCUCCUUCUACUACAGUGAGGAGAACAAGCCACCUGAACCUGAGGAGCUGGACCUGGAGCCUGAAAACAUGGAGAGUGUCCCCCUGGACCCCUCGGCCUCAUCGUCAUCCCUGCCACUGCCCGACAGACACUCAGGACACAAGGCUGAGAAUGGCCCAGGCCCUGGGGUGCUGGUUCUCCGAGCCAGCUUCGAUGAGAGACGGCCUUACGCGCACAUGAAUGGAGGACGCACAGAUGAGAGAGCCUUGCCGCUGCCCCAGUCUUCAACCUGCUGAUUCUUGGAUCCCGAAUCCCGUGCAAACAGUAACGUGUGUGCACACUCAGCGGUGGGUGGGGGGAGAGAACGUUUUAACAAUCUAUUCACAAGCCUCCUGUACCUCAGUGGAUCUUCAGAACUGCAUUGCUGCCCACGGGAGACGGCUUCUCUGCAGUAAAACACAUUUGGGAUAUUCCUUUUUUCAAUAUGCAAGCAGCUUUUUAUUUCCCUACCCAAACCCUUAACUGACCGGCCUCUAAGAACCUUAAUGACAACACUUAAUAGCAACAGAACACUUGAGAAUUGAGUCUCCUCAUAUAUUCAUUCUCUCUCUCUCUCUCUCUCUCUCUCUCUCUCUCUCUAGCUCUCCCUCUCCCUCUUUCUUCUUUCUUUCCUUUUUCCUUUUCUGCUUCAUAAUGGAAAAAUAUUUGCCACAAACCCAGCCGGGAAGCCCUUUUUAUCAGAUGGAGGAAGUGGCUCUUCCUGGGAUUCCACGUCACCCUGUGUAUACCUGCCUGACACCACAGGUCUUUAUAAAACACACACAUACACACAUCGAGACGGAGUUUUUUAACUGUGUCUUUAACCUUUCUAGUGUCAUCUAAAAUUCAAAAAGGGCCAUUUUCAUCCAUGGUUGUUACCAUUGUAAUGCUGCCAAAUUUUGCCAAAAUCCUGAACUUUCUCCCAUAUCAUCCACACACCCCCUGCCCCCACGCACACUGAUUUUCUUCUUUCCAGAGGAAUGGGGUGAGCAUGGAAUCAUUUAUGAGAAAUAUUGGUGAUGUACUCCAUCUGACUGUUCCCCAGGUGCUUUCCAAGCCCACAUCCACCCCAGUCUCGUUGCUUUUGAUGACUAGGUUAUUAUUUGGGGGAACUGGACAAAAUGGGACCUUCCAUCAGUGAAGACGGGGAAAGGCUGAACCAGGUUCCCCACCCCACUCCCUACCUCCACCCUUUUCCCUCUGAGAAUUCUGGAGGAAACAGACCCUGAGUUAAACCUAAAAACCAGACUAAUGGGUCCAUGUGGACAUCAUGCCAGUUUCCUCUCCCAGCCCCAGCACCCCCUCCUGACCCGCCAAGGAACACAGAUGGGAAGGGUUUCCAGGGACCCAGCCCAGCCAUUUGUGCAGGUGUGCAAGGAAAGGGGUUCAGACACCACAGCAGUGAGAAGAAGUGCAGGCAAUGGAGUCAAGCAUUCUAAGCUUUGUUGGCAUUUUCUCUGUUACUAGGACUUCUUCAUGGGUCUUACAGUUCUAUGUUAGACCAUGAAACAUUUGCAUACACAUUGUCUUUAAUGUCACUUUUAUAACUUUUUUACGGUUCAGAUAUUCAUCUAUACGUCUGUACAGAAAAAAAAAAGCUGCUAUUUUUUUUGUUCUUUAUCUUUGUGGAUUUAAUCUAUGAAAACUUUCAGGUCUACCCUUCUUCCCUUUCUGCUCACUCCAAGAAACUUCUUAUGCUUUGUACUAGAGUGUGUGAUUUUUCUUCCUUUUCUCCCAAUAAUUGAUACUUCUAGAACAUAAUUUGCCAUGAACUGUUUGAUGCCUUUUUAUAAAUUCAUCUCCCCUUUCCCUGAUCCCCCAGCCCCAUUCAUUGUAGGUUUUGUGGGCACGAGGCUGGUGCAAGAAGGAGGCAGAUCAGAAGCUCGGGCCAAGGUCCCAGUGGAUCUUGCUCCCUCCUUCCCCUGCCUCCCUUCUCGUGGCAUUGGAGUCUGUUACAGCACAGGACACGAUGCAAACUCAGGUUAGACCAAAAAAAAAAAAAAAAAGGUUGAAUAUCUCACACAUCCUUGUUCAGUGUUUAUAGUCCCCAUCGUUGAAAGUCUCACCUUUCCCUUGCCUUUGUUUUGGUUGUGACACACUAUAUAUAUUUUUUUAAUUAUUGGGUACAACAGCAGUUCUAACUGCAGACACUAGGCAUUUGGAUUACUUUUUUUUUAAUGGAUAUUUAAUCCUUCCAUCCCACAGAAAACAGCUGCUGAGUCCCAGGGUGCAGCAGGGUGUGGCCCAACAGGCUCCCCUCUACUACCCUCCACCACCACCCUCACCAUACCGACCUACCUGUCUCUAGAAACAGAGCAUCCUAAGGGACUUCCCCCACACUGACAGGGAACAGGACCCCAGCAUCCCAGCUGGCCCAGGGACAGCAUCCUCAGGGGUGUGUACAAGCACAUAGCCAGGUCCGCUGGCCUGAGUGCCAGGUCAGGGCAGUGCCAGCGCUGUGGCAGUCCCAGCCCUUUGCUCUUUCCCAGGGGACCAGAACCCUGGCGCUGGUGUGCUGUUCUUUGGCCAGGAAUCCCAGUCCUUCAGCCCGGGGGGUCUUGUUCUGUUUAGUUUUUUAGCACUUCUCACCAGAGUGAUGACAGCACAAGAGUUGCUUCUGGGAUGGAAAUGUUUAAAUUAUGAGUAAGAACAAAACUCAAAGAUGAUGAUUGCUAGUUGUGACUGGAGAUUAAACACAAAAAAAGAAAGUCUGUAGUGCAUUUUUGCUUGUCAGUAGUUUCAAUCUCACAACUUUUUCACUAGCCUCUGUCCCACAGUGUUUUUCCUUAAAAAAAAAAAAAAGAAAGAAAGAAAAAAAGAAAAAAGAUAAUCAAGAAGGUAUUAUAUGUAGGAGUUUUCUUUUAACUUAUUUUGUGAUACCAGUUUUAAUCACUGUAGAGAAGCCCCCAUUAUGAAUUUAAAUACUGAGGAAAGGGUGUGUGUGUGUGUGUGUGUGUGUGUGUGUGUGUGUGUGUGUGUAAGACGGGACAGUUUUUUGAUUUUGGGGUUUUUUUUGUUGUUGUUUUUCAAACAUUUAUCUACCUCACUCUUAUUUUUUUAUAUGUGUAUAUAGAAAAAAAAAAACAAUACAUCUCACAUUUCUCAGCACCUGACAAUAGGCCGUUGAUACUGGUAACCUCAUCCAUGCCACAGGCCACACACCCAGGUGAUGCAGGGAGAGAGGCCAGGCUGUUUUCCGGGGUCAAAACAACACUAACUCACCUCUCCACUCAUUUCAAAUGGCUUGCCUUUUUCUGAGAUGUCUCAUCUCAUGUUGUUUUUCCUUUUUUCCUAACCUGGUUCCUCAGAGGUUGGGAGGUAUUAGGAUUGUCCUACUCUCAGCCCAGCAGCCCCUACAACCCUGAGGAGAUAACAAGACACACCAUGGGAGGCCACCUGGCCAUCCCUGUUAGAUGACUUUGGAACAAAACUACUUUAUGCAUGUUGAAUGACCAACACAUUUCAUCACUGAGAAAGCAGGUGUUCUCCAGUCGCUGAGAACAGGAAGGUGCCCCCCCGACACCACACAGUUGAUUCUAUGAGAAUCCCAUGUGUGCAUGUGUGGGGUGUUGGUUGGUUCCCCUCACCUGCUCCAGUGAGGCCUGCAAUGAGGCAGGGAUGUGCUACCACCACUGAUGCUGCUUCUGCUGCUGGGUUUGUUCCAUUCAAGGGUGCAGCCACAUCAACAAUUUGAGAGCUUGGCCUUCUAAUCCAGAAUGCAGAGGUUUCUGACAUUACCACCCAUCUGAUACAGAAAGGGUGGUAGGGGCAAAACCCCUUCUCCUCUGCAAACUGCUCUCAACUUUACCCUCAUCUCCUCUUCCCCCAGGGGUAAACAGACAUACCAAAUCUUGGGGCUGAGAAAGCCAGUGGUAGGCCCAGCCUCUGUGGCAUUCCUAUCUGGUCAGGGAUGUAUCUCCGUCCAUCCCGUCAUCCUGCUGCUCACGGGCGGAUGAUGCACUCUCCACAUCCAGUGGCUGCUCAUAGGCACUGGGGACUUCAGCUGGGAAACACAUUGUGGGUAGUUUUGUCCAAGAGGAGGCAGCUCCUUAGCAGUUCCAAUAUGUACAGUUAAGCUCAGGGGCCUUCUCCUUCCUGCUAGAACACUACCCUUGUCUCCCAAGUUCCUGGGGACCUUAAGAUCAUUGAUAAAUACUGUUUGAUCAGGGUUUUCUUCUUCCACGCUGUAGGUGACCCCUUGGAAUAGUGGCCUCUCCUCUCUUUUGCACAUACUUACCGGUUUCCGCAACUGGAUUUCUACAGAUCAUUCAGCUGGUUGUAAGGGUUUUGUUUAAACUGUCCAAGUUGUUGGUGUCAUUUGUUUUUGUAUUAUGUAGGAGGUUUUUCUUUAAGUAGAGAGAAAACACUACAGUGUAGUGCCCAUCAUAACAAAUGCUUCAGAAACACUUCAAUAAAAGAAAAUUUUGUUUGUGUGAUGGUACAGUCAUUUUACUGGACCAACCCACCCACCUUGACUAUACCAAGGCAUCAUAUAUCCACAGUUCUAGCCUAAUUUUAUGCUGAUUUUCCCACCUCUUCUCGAUUUUUCUUUUGUGUGCUCCAAAUAAUCUUAUCAAGCUGAGUUGUGGCAUUUUCCAUGCAACCUCCUUCUGACAGCAGCUCACACUGCUUGAAGUAACGUGAACCACUGAGGCACAUCACUGCGUUGAUGUGAGCAUUAAGACAUUCUCACAUACAACCCUUCCCUGAGGCAACAAGAGUUGGCAUAUUCUAGAGACAUUGCGAACUUGAGCUGUGUGAGACCCAGACUAUGCCAGUUCUCCUUAUGGGAUGUCAUGAUGUUUGACACACAGUUGGAAAGCGCUUCCUUCUUGGAAGAUAGAAGACUGUGUUCGUGGCCAUCACCGGCCUCUCCUUCCAUCCUGUUUCUUGUGACUCGGGACGACAUUUCAAUGGUUGGAAAAGCGGCGUCAUAAAAUAGAAAAGUGGUUAUUGGGAAACCACCAAAUGGCAAAAUGCUUGAUAUGUGGCACUGUGCUUUGGUUGGGAUAACAGAUCGAUGAGCCAUGUAUGAUGCCAAAUAGUAGGCCAGUCUGAUCCACCAAAGCUUCUUUCUUAGCAGUCCACCUCUGUGACUGGUGGCCAUGGUGGCCAAGUUACACUGACUCAGGUGAGUGAGAAGGCUAAGAUGCUCAUCCCCAGUGCUCAGCUCUCACUUCUGGGUCUGCUUAGGGCAACCAGACAGUGUUGAAGGCAACUCCUUUCCAAAAUGUAGGCACCUUCCAGUUGACAGUAACACUCCAUCGUAUGCCUUGGCCCAUUCCAGCAGUCCCAGUAACGCACUUAAGGUUUGGGGUUUGUGCUUUCGUUAAUGUUACUUUUGUGUUUGUCAGCUGUCUUUUCAUUUCCUGGGCUAAGCAGCAUUGGGAGACUUGGACCAGAGAUCCACUCCUUAAGAACCAGUGAUGAAAGUCAAACUUUCUUACUCCACUCUGAACUAGUUGGUGGUACAAAUGAGAACUUCAAGAGAGGAUGUUGUUUAGAUUGAACCUCUGUUGCCAGAGAUGCUGAAGAUACAGACCUUGAAUAAGCCAGAAAUUUUUCUUUCUGGCCUCCAACUUGGAUGACUAGUUGGUCAUUUAGAGAAAUGAACGCUCCUCAAUGGUGGAAUGACCAGGCAUUAGGAAACCAUUGUUAACAGGGAUCAUGACAUGAAGAGAAGAAUUGUGGGCAGAAGGGUACAGGGCUUUGGAAGAAGCAUGGGCAGUGUUUUGAACUUGAUGCCUUUUGAAGGUAUCAGACCACAUCCAGGCUCAACAGUCAUCCAUGGGCAUUUGGUUUCAACAAAUAAACCUAACAUCCUGCUCUGGAAACCUACAGAGUUAAAUCACAUUGUUCAAGAAUGCGAACUAUAUCACACUCACCAGUUGAGUUGUCAGUUCUGGGGUGUGACUUUAGAGUUUUGUUUUAUUUUGUUUCUGCAAGAACAUAAUAAUCACUCAUUUGUAUGUCCACAUUUGUGUGUCCGCAUCUUUCAGUAAACAUUUUUUUAAUUAGUCACUCAUUAGUGUUUCCAAUAGGGCUCUUAAGUCCAGUAGAUUACGGGUAGUCAGUUGACGAAGAUCUGGUUUACAAGAACUAAUUAAAUGUUUCAUUGCAUUUUUGUAAGAACAUAGAAUAAUUUUAUAAAAUGUUUGUAGUUUAUAAUUGCUAAAAAUAAUUUAAAGACACUUUUUUUUCUCUCUGUGUGCAAAUGUGUGUUUGUGAUCCAUUUUUUAGGACACCUCUUUACUAGCUAGCUUUACAAUAUGCCAAAAAAAAAUUAAAAAUUAAAAAUAAAGAAAGAAAAAGAAAAAAAAAAGAUUUUCCUGGACCCAGGCCAUGGCUCACCCUCUUUUCCCCCCAUGCUUUGUGCCCUAUAUAACAAAGGAAUGAUGAUGAUUUCAAAAGUAGUUCUGUAUCUUCAGUAUCUUGGUCUUCUAGAACCCUCUGGUUGGGUAGGGGAUCUUUUACUGGUCAUUUAUUUCCCUUUGGAGUGUAGUGACCUUAACAGAUGGAAAGAAAAGAACCUCAUUGGCCAUGGAAAUAGCAGAGGUGUUGCCACCCCUUUGGGCAGGACACUGCGGCAUCUGGCUAACUGGCGUGGUUGUUGCCUUGUUCUGCAAUGCCAUACAGAUAGAAGGACUUCAGGGCACUGCAGAUGGUUUUCACAGUGAUCACACAAAAGAUUCUGGGGCACACAGGCCAUUUGCUUCUGUGCCUCACAUUAUGAUGAAUGCUUUGUUCUAACAAGGAAGAGACCUUAUUUAUUUUUAUUUAAAGCAGAACACCGAAGAUACAUUUUUCCCAUACAGAACAAAUUCUUUUUAAUAAAAAGUAUAGCACAUGCCAAUAUUUUUUUUAAGUUUGACUCCAUGUCCUCUAGUUCACAAUAAUAAUUGGCCAUGUCGACACAACUCCACAAAAUCCCCAUUGUUAGAAACAUCUGGAAUUUUUGCACUCCAUAGGAGAAAGGUCCAGAAACCAUUUGAUUUUUGUUUUCAGCUUCUGAUUUGGAUGUUUGGUGUUGUGCAGACACAUCCACAGGUGAACAGAUGCCUGGCAAAAACACCUGUCUGCUUUCUAAGCCAGUGAGGUUGAGGUGAGAGGUUUGCCAGAGUUUGUCUACCUCUGGAAUUAAAAAAUCAAACAAACAAAAAACCAGAAGGCGCGAUGAAAUGGAUGCAUCGCAAAUAAUGCAUUUUCUGAGUUUUCUUGUUUAAAAAGUUUUCUAAAAAAGUUUUAAAAAAAGGUAAUAACAUGGCCAAUUUGUUACAUAAAAUGACUUUCUGUGUAUAAAUUAUUCCUAAGAAAUCCUCUGUUUAUAUAAAAAAAAAUCAGUAGAUGAAAAAAAUUUCAAAAUGUUUUUGUAUAUUCUGUUGUAAGAAUUUAUUCCUGUUAUCUAUAUACUCUGGAUUCUUUACAUUAUGGGGGAAAAAAAGAAACUUUGUCUAUUUUGAAUGGCUGAAGCUAAGGCAACUUUAGUUUCUCUUACUCUGCUUUUUUCUAGUAGUUAAAGUACUACAUGGUUUAAGUUAAAUAAAAAAAAAAUUCUGUAUGCA